UGGAGCUAACUGGAAAAAACCUGAGCAGGACUGAGCUGUGUUUAAUCUAAACUAGUAGACCAACAGAUUUAAAGGAGGUAAAAGCUACAGUGCUGCCUACUGAUGAAAUUGGAGCAAGACAUAUCAUACUAUGUGAUCUUAAAUUCGAAGUGAAACUGGUUUACCUGCGCAUGUAAGAAAAAGGUACAUGUUCCCCUGAAAGUGCACCAACUGGUCAGCUGGUGAUGGCAGAAGAUAAGACAUUUCGCUAUGGCCUCAUUGUUCUGGGAUUCUUUUUGAUCAUAGUUGGAAUGUUCAUAAUGAAUGUGGAUAAGCCUGGGGUCUAUGCAACCUUCUUUUCCAUCGGGAUUCUGAUGAUCGUCGUGGGGAUUGUCUGGAGCAUUUGUCAGUGCUAUUCUAAGGCGACCCAUAUUCCACCUAUCAAGUCAGAAACAGAGCACCUAUUUCCAGAAAAACAGCAGCUUCCAGGCUCCAUAUCAGAGCGUGAGGUUCCUCUCAAGUCAAGCUCCCAGAGUCCAUAUACCUCCUGUGAAGAAGCUAAACAUUAUGCAAAAAAUCUGCCUACUUAUGGGCAAAUCCAGCAAAACAUAAGCGGGGUGGAAGAUUCAUCUGAAGUGAACUCGCCUCCCAUUUCACUCCAGUCAAAACAUUUGGAUGAAGGUCAAUCUUCUGUGAAGGCAGAGGUUCUGGUCCAUAGAGAUUCAGAGAGUGAUGGGGAGACCAGUUCUAGCUGCAACGACAUUACCCUUUCUGCUGGAACCAAGGGAAGAGGAUGCACUGAGGCACCCCUUGCCACAUUCAAGGAAGACUUCGACACCGCAAUCAAUUCAUCUCCCUCAAACAACUUGGCUCUUCACAGGCACAGGUCAGUCCUCCCCCCUUCUUCUAGAAACAAAGGCCAGAGCCAACCAGCUCAGAAUGAAAAUGUCAACUUAGUUGAUGCCGUUUCCCCUGACUGUUCAGCUCAGCAGAACCAGCUAGAUAUCAGUGCUUCGGAGAGUGAUGACAAAAAUAUCACAAGUAUUGCAACUGCAGCACCUUUUAAAUUUGAGCAACCAGCAUCCAGGGACAGUCAGGUAAAAGAAGACCAGAUUGCAAGUGAUAUGUUUUAUGGGAUAUGUGAUGAAAUGAAUGGAAUAAAUCUUUAUAUUUCUGAGGAAUCAGAACAAGAAGAAUCUCACUGCGAUGAAAUUUCUGUAUAAAAUCUGCAUCAUUUUCAAUACUUACAUACUAAGGAUUUGUAAAUCCUUCUGAUUGUCCGAGUGAUACCAUCAGUGUUGAAUUCUCUUACAAAAAGAAAACCUGCUGACAAGUUAACUACAAUUAUGAAUUUGAAUCACAACUUUAUUCUAUUAAAAAAAAGUCAAAUGCAAAUUGCAACUUUCAUUCCUUACAUUAUUAAUCAAAGAUUUCAGAAUAUUCAUUCAUAUAAUUUAUAUUGCGAACUGUCAAAGUUCAACUUUGCAGGAGAUCCUGGUGAAUUUCUUUGUGUAUUUCUUGCCAUGUUUCCUGGGGUCACCAUGUGUUAAGUGGCAACGAAUAUCUUGUAGCACCCCUUGCUCCUUCUACAUGGAUCCAAUGGCUUACAAAGUAAUUGCCUCAGCCUCAGUCAAGAUGUUAGUGGAAAGCCUCACUCCAAAAUUCAGGGGGCUUCUUCCCUGUCAUGGGUGCUUUCACAGAUCCUCUUCUAUUGCUGUGACACUACCAGAAUUUCAUGCCGGUGGGCUCCUCUUAACGGUCCAAUCUUGACCUUGGAAAUUUAGGCUUGGACAGAAAUAGCAAGGCACCGGAUCUCUGCCCCAAAAGUGAAAGCCCAAGCAAAGACAUCACUCUACCAUUACCAUGCAAUUUAUAUAUUCCUUAUCACAUUUGGAUAGUUGUAUUAAUUGGUCACCAUCAGAUUGAAUGGAAAGCUCCAGUGGAGAUAACAACUGCUAGAAUAGAAUGUACAGUAUGGAGGCAGGCCAUUCAGAUAAUCGAAUCCAAACCAACCCUCCAAAGAGCAUCCCAACCAGACCCAGAACCCCA